GGACGAGAGGAGAAAGCCUGAGCUACUCGGAGGCAAAGGGCUGGAGCUGUUGCUGGGAACGCUCGCAGAGCUCCUGUCACAACUGACUCUUCCAGCAUCAGAACAGGUAGAACUCCACGAUGAAGGUGGCAGUGCUUUGUUUGUGCCUCAUCAGCCUCACCGUUGCACGACCAAUGAGUAAAUGCAAGCAGCAUGCCAUUUCCGCCAGCUCUGAAGAAAAACAUGACCUGAGGGACCAUCAUUCACACAGCCACCACCACAACCACGUGAACUCUCAGUUACACAGGAGUCUGCUGCCUGGACAAGAUGACCUGGCACUGCCUCAGCAGACUCUUUAUUCUUCAGAAGAAAAAGCUGAUGUCCUCAUACAACCGCGCUUUCUUGGCAUGUCAAGCAAGAGCCGUGAAGAUCCAGACGACGAUGUAGAUGAUAAUGAUUCCAAUGACACAGAUGAAUCUGAUGAGGUUGUCACAAAUUUUCCCACCGAUGCUCCUGUAACUGCACCCUUCCCUCCCUACCCUUUCACCCGGGGAGACAACACAGGCAGAGGCGACAGCGUGGCAUACAGAAUUAAGGCAAAAGCCACAGUGGUGAAGUCCAGCAAGGUCCACAAAGCUGCAAAAAAGCUGAUCGAUGCCACCGAGGAGGACGAGAGCGCCCUGGACGCGGACAGCCAUCACGAGGGGCUCUCCUGGGAAGACCUCGGGGCACGCCGCUCCGCCGGGAAGUACAGCGACAGUAGGGAAUGGGGGGACAAGAGCCGCGGGCAGGACAGCAACAUGUUUUUCCGCAAGCUGCCCAAAGGGAGCAUGGAAAACGACAGCCGGCAGAAAUUCGACAGCCCCGAGGUCGAGGGAGAGAGCAGCGAGCGGUGGGCCAGGGGCGACAUGCCCCUGAGCAGGGAAAGCAGGGAGAGCGAGGCCCACGUUUUCGCGCGGGUCAUCGAAGUCGAGAAUAAGAGCGAUCAAACCUUGGAGAGCGCUGAAAAUAUUCAAGGUCAUCGCAGCAUUAAAAAUAACGAAGUCACCUUUUAAAGGGCGACAGAUCUAAUUUUUCUUUCUCUUUGUAAUUUUUACUUGGGGGGGGGAGUAGUUUCAGUUCAGUAAUUGUUUGUAAAUGUAGAACAUGUGGCGAUUUCUUUUUUUUCCCCCAAGUUUGGGGCAGAAGUUAGAGGCGGUUUUAUUACCCAGGCAGUCCCCUGUAUGCAAUGCUACUAGCUCUGCUUUCCAUGAUGCAAGCGUAAGCCCUCCUUACUGCAUCUGUUACUGUUGUUUGAAUGUGAGCGAGGCGAAUGCUGUUUUACGCACAGAAUGAACGUUACCUCCUUGUGAUACUGCACUCUACCACGCCAGUGUAUAUUUUGCUGUAACUGAGUUUAAAAUAAAACUACAAAAUCCUGUA